GAAACGCUCCAGGUUUUCCAUUGCGGGUGCGGGAAAAACGCAACGACUGUCCCGUAAUUAUCGCAGAAAACACCUUCGAUAGCAGUGCGUGCAGCAAACUUGUGAUUGUGAUAGCCUCAAAACAAAUGCCCCAGCCAGUGUCAUCCAAGCAGCAGCUGCUGGGCUGAAGUGAAAAUUUCGUUCUAUACCCACUGCCCGUGGCACAACAGAGAAGGAAAAGUGUAGGAAAAUCUUUCCGUCUGGAAGUACCGUGCGUUGCAAAUGAGGUGUGUAUGUGCCCUUUUUGUGCCAAGGGGAAAAAUAGUGUGACGUACGGGUGUGGAUGCGAAUAAUUUGCCUACCGAAAACUACGCCAUUAGUGCUGUUUCCUCCUUGCGUACAUCGCAAAACACGGAAGCGCGAGUUGGUAGUAGCAGGCAGGUAAGAUAAAGGAAAAAAAGUUUAAACCCGGAGCAACCUGCGCGAAACAACGAGGCAAGCAUUGAGAAAGAUACCAGAUUGCAGCAGCGUAAAACCACAAUAAUAACAACAAAGUAGUGCAAUCUUCUAAGAAAAAAGGAAUAUAACAAAUACUAAGCACUGUAAAAUCACGUACAAAACCAGUGUGUGAGAGAGGGAGAGAGUGUGCGAGAAAAACAGGAAAGCAAGAACAUUCACACACCGUUGUUUCUAUUGAUUUCAUGAGGUGAAUUUGGAGCAGAAAUGUCAAUCGGAAAAUUUUGCACCAAAAGAAAGUGAAGAAAAAGUGUUUAUUUUGCAACUCCUUCCUAUCGCACUUCGUUUGUAUGACGCCCUUGCGUAGGAGGUUUGUGAAGUUGAUUGAAGUAGAAAUAAAAACGUGUGAACAAGUGCUAAUUCCAACAAGUCAGCAAAGUGUAGUGUUCCACCUAUGUAAAUACAAGCAGUGUAGUGUGUGAUUUAACGAGAGUGUUAUUGACGGAAGUGCGAAUAUCCUUAUGCGGUGUUAUCCUUGCCGGGAUACGUUUACCCCGGUAGUAUCUUUGUGUUGGUGUGCGUAUGUGAUAAAGGAUUGAUUCAUCAUCAUCGCCAGAAAGCAGGAGAGAAUUUCUGCACCAAUCCAAGCAACACCACCAAAAACAACAAACGCACGCGUUUUGCAAUAGAAGAGAAGGUUUUAUGCUUCCGUUGCUCCCGAGCGCCGCGGUAUCGAUAAAAAGUGCUGAUUUUUAGCAUAGAUUGUGAAAUUGCGUGCAAAACACCGAGUUCUCGCUCGGCAGGCCCCCCACAAAAGGGUGCUUCUUUCGUUCAUCUCCGCACGCCGGGAACAUCGUGGAGGGCUGGCGAAACGUGACGACGACGAGGACGCCGAAAAACUUGGUUGGUUUGUAGCGGAAUUGCCAAACCACCCAACAGGAUGGAAAUUGUUGGGAGUUUCGAGUACAACAGUAAAGAAAUCAUCGGCCAUGGCGCGUUUGCGGUCGUUUUCAAGGGCCGCCACCGUGAGGCACACUAUCCGGUGGCGAUCAAAAGCAUCACGAAGAAAAGCCUGGCCAAAUCGCAGAGUCUGCUCGGGAAGGAGAUAAAAAUCCUGCAGGAGCUCAGUGCCCUUAAGCACAAGAAUGUGGUUAAGCUGUUGGCCUGUACCGAGAAGGAUCAGAACGUGUUUCUGGUUAUGGAGUAUUGCAAUGGAGGCGAUCUGGCAGACUAUCUGGCAGUAAAAGGAACACUCAGCGAAGACACCAUACGGCUGUUCCUCGGUCAACUGGCAAACGCUAUGAAGGCACUGUAUCAAGCUGAUGUGGUGCAUCGAGAUUUAAAACCGCAAAAUAUUCUUCUGUCUCAUAGCUGCGGAAAAGGUUUACCCUUACCGUCGAAGAUUACGCUCAAGAUAGCCGACUUUGGGUUCGCCCGGUUUCUACAGGAUGGAAAUAUGGCAGCAACCCUGUGCGGCUCACCGAUGUAUAUGGCUCCUGAAGUGAUCAUGUCGCUGCAGUACGAUGCCAAGGCCGAUCUCUGGUCGCUGGGCACCAUCGUGUUUCAGUGUCUCACCGGGAAAGCACCAUUCCAAGCCCACACGCCCCAGGAGCUAAAAAUGUUCUACGAACGAAAUGCCAAUCUGGCCCCAAAGAUUCCAUCUGGUACUUCCAAGGAGCUAACAGACUUACUCAUGGGGCUACUGCGGCGCAAUGCCAAGGAGCGCAUGAACUUUGACACUUUUUUCAAUCAUCCCUUCCUGCAGCGUGCCGAAACACCGCAAGGUCCAAACGAUCCCACGCAACUACCCGGAUCGAACAUGGCUCCGUUCGGGGCGACGGGUAAGGUCAGCAGUCCACAUCAGAAAACAGCACCAAUUACACUCCAACAGCAUCAGCAGAAACUUCACCACCAUCACCAUCAUCAGCAGCAUCAACCGGGUCAGCAGACGGCGCAACAUCACGACCAUCAGCACCAUGCGCAACAGCAAAAGCAGCAGCAACUGCAACAGCAGAAGCAACACCACUUGCAAGAGCUGGCAAAGAAGCAGACGGUUGAAAAUAAUAACGUGCCGCUCGCUGAAAUUGACGACAGUGUGGCAACGAUUAGUGCAAACAAUACAUCCAACAGUAGUCCGGAAGAGUCGGAUGAUUUUGUCCUAGUUCCGAACAAUAUACCGGUCGAUCCCGGCCAUGGUGGUAGCUAUGACAAGAGCAAACCAACUCGAGUGCCUCAACCGAUGUCCCAAGCUCAGGCGAGUCCUCCUCGACCCAGCACGUUACCGAUCUCAGAACCGAAACCCGUCCCUACGGCUGCAAGAAAGGCGUCUCGUCCUCAGGCGCAAACACCUCCAAAGAACAAUUCAAUACCUCGAUCGGAACCAAUCAAUAUGAAACGGUCGGAGAAUCGAGGUAGCAACUGUGAUAUCAGAUCGAUUUCACCACCGGCCGUACAGUUUGCCAUCGGGACGCCACCUUCAUGCGGACGCCGAAGAUCGACCUCCGGUGGUUCGCUGUCGGAAACACCACCACCACCGAGCUGCUGGACUGUAAGUCCGGGUUCGCAUCAUUCGCCGUUGCGCCGUUCCGGCACUAGCUCACCCGUGAUGAACAAUGCACUGUCGAAACUGCCCGCCCUGGGCAGCCCUACCACGUUGAUGGGAGGAAUGGAGAACAAUAACCAACACUAUCAUCACGGUCAUCCACUGACGGGACGAGCUUUCACGCUGCCUGAGCUGGGCGCCGCCGUAGGACUUCAGAGCUAUUUGGACGAUCACACCAUCGAUGAUCAUCCGAUCAAUUUCCACGCACCUGAGUUACAUGCGGAAACAUUGCUAGACCGGGAUCAUAAUGAAACGCUGGCCAAGCUGAACUUUGUCGUUGCACUGACGGACUGCAUACUGGAAGUGGCCGAUUCUCGCUGCGCACCGUUGUCCUCGAUGAUGCUAGCCGAUGCACAACCGGUACCACCUCAUCAGCCAGAACAUUGCAAGCGUGCGGAGCGCUUGGUGCUGUUGGUGCGAGCGCUCCAUCUGCUGUCGGCCGGAAUGAAUCUAGCGUCGGCACAAAUACGUGCCGGUAAUCUAAAGCCUUCCAACAGUGUGAAAAACGUGUUGACCACCAUGCACGCCAAGUAUCGUUCGACGUUGAUUGAAUCGAAAAAAUUGAACAGUGCCGGUCUGUUGCAGAGAGCUAAUGCGAGCAAUAUUACAGCUGACAAAAUAAUCUUCGAAUUCGCACUACAAAUGUGUCAAAUGGCAGCCGUGGAUGAACUAUUCAACAAACCUGCGGAAUGUUUCCCGCGGUAUCAGUCGGCCCAAAUUUUACUCCACUGGUUAGCGCAGAAAUCCAAACAUCCGCAGGAUAAGAUAUUACUUUCGAACUAUAAAGAGGCGGUCGAAAAGCGGCUUUAUAUCCUGAAAGGACAAGGCUACAUCUACACCACCGAUGAGCUAUCCUGAAUACUCCCUUGUGAGUAGUGUGUAAGCAACGUGUACUGUUGACGAGGGAGGAUACCUUAUUCUCGGAUACUCUGAUUAUAUUUUUUUGUGAUUUGUCUUUAUUUUGCAUUAAGAACUCCUGGAUACAAAUAAUCGGAUAAGUUGAAUCCCAUUGAAUGGGUAUUAUUCGCAAUCAGGCAUGUACAUGCCAACAUACACAACAUAUUGGUUUACUGAAUAUUCACCGGUAAUGGAACCCUUCCAAUUCUACCACACAAAAUUGGUACAGGAAUGCAUAUAUUUUGAGUAAUCAAAAAAAAGGUUAUGUUUCAGAUUCAUUUGAAAGCCAAUAGAAGCAAAAUAGAUGCAACUGAGCGUUCGAAAUGUGUGUAUUAUGUGCAAAUUCAAAAGUGUAGUGUAUUGUAAAUAACAGUGAAGCGUUUUCGAAACGUUUAACAAAAGGAAGCGAG